CCCCAGUAAGAGGAUGGAGGCGGAGUGGAGAGCACGUACACGUCGUUGUGUUGUCAACUCUCGCCGGAGGUCCUCUUCUCAGUAUGAAUCAACCUGGCUCUCUGUGGGGAGUUUAAGCUUGUCAGCUUGGCUCAGUUGCCUCGCGGCGGCCUGCUUACCUGCCUCCCGGCCCAACUGGACUUCCCUUGCGCCGUGUUUUUCGGCCGGGCCGCCGGAAGGCAGUCGGGAUGCUGGACCGCCAGGCCGGCUGGAGCGUGUCGUUCGCGGGAUGCGGCUUCUUGGGCGUUUAUCACAUCGGGGCAGCCACCUGCCUCCAGGAACGCGCCCCGCACCUCAUUCGCGACGCCCGCCGGAUCUACGGCGCCUCCGCAGGAGCCCUCACCGGCGCCGUCCUCGUUGCAGGCGGUUCUCUUGCGGAAGCUUGUGCAGACGUUCUGGGGCUAGCCAAAGAAGCAAGGAAGAGAAAUCUUGGCCCUCUUCACCCUUCCUUCAAUGUGAUGAAGAUAAUAAGGGAUGGCCUCUACAAAAAUCUUCCAGAAAACACUCAUCAGUUGAUAUCAGGGAAACUUUGCAUUUCACUUACCAGAGUGUCUGAUGGCAAAAAUGUGUUAGUAUCCCACUUUAAUUCCAAAGAUGAAGUUGUGCAGGCUUUGCUUUGUAGCUCAUUUGUUCCCAUAUAUUGUGGCCUCAUUCCACCUUCAUUUAGAGGGGUGCGCUACGUGGAUGGUGGAAUAAGUGACAACCUACCUCAGCACAAUUCAAAAAACACUAUCACAGUUUCCCCUUUCUCUGGGGAGUGUGACAUUUGUCCCAAGGGCAACUCUGCAAACUUCCAUGAAAUGAACCUGACCAAUACCAGCAUUCAAUUUAGCUUAGGGAACAUGUAUCGUUUAACUCAAGCACUUUUCCCUCCAGAACCCAAGGUGCUAGGGGAGAUGUGUGAACAAGGAUAUUCAGAUGCUCUUAGGUUUUUGAAAGAGAAUGGUAUACUGCAUGAUUCAGUUUCUGUUGACUUGCCCUUAAAAAAGGAUGACCACCAGGAACAUGCACAGACUGCAGAUUACAAUAACAAAACAGGUGCAGCAAAUCAAGACAAAAAGGAUAUGCUAGAGGAAGAAAUGUUUAUCGACCAAUUGAAGUUAGCUCCUUGGCCAUUGGAUGAAACUAUUUUUGAGAAUCUGCCUCCUAGACUUCGUAAAGCAUUGCAGGAGGCUUGUAAAGAGAAAUGUGGACUCUGUGCCCAGCUUUCUAAAUUUCUACCAAUGCGACUGAUGUCCUAUAUGAUGUUGCCAUAUACUCUGCCAGUUGAAUCAGCAUAUUUUGUGGCCUUAAGAUUAGUAGACUGGUUUCCCGAUAUCCCUGAUGAUGUGCGAUGGAUGCAGGGACAGCUCUUUCAGAUUAUGAAUGCAGUAUAUUCCAAAGCAAGGAAAAGGCUUCUCAGUAUUCCCAGCAAAGAAAGUUGUGAAUCGCUUAGAAAAAGCCAGUCUGCACCACCGAACACCAGUCUUCACUCUUCCUAUUGCCCUCCCGCAAUAUCUCAUUCUACAACACACCUUGAAGAAUGGCUUUGGGAUCUUCCAUACUGUGAAGACUUAGCUAGGAAGGAAGUUGCAAUUGGUAUAAAUGAAAGCUUUGACUCUUCCCCUUUUUUCAUCAACUCUGAAGAGUCCGGGGUAGAGGUAGACUUUGACUCCUCCUCUGAGAAGAGUUUCCAGACUGCCUGUGAAGACCUGGCUUGAGAACUGCUGUAUCUGACAGAGAAAUUGAAAUCUUGAAGGGCAUGACUUCAUCUAACAUCUGCCAACCAGUCUUUCAGAAGACUUUUUGUUUACAAUAGACAACAAAUUGCCUUUGGGGAAUCUUUGGUUGAAAGAUGAAUAAAGGACAAUGGCAAAUAAGAUGUUAUGGUGAAACUUCCUAAUCAUGGAUUAAGGGUUAAAGGGCCCCAGUGCAAUGAUGUUUACUCAAACAAGAUUUCCACCAGGAAAAGUUAUCAAAAUCCUUUUCUCUCACUUGCUUGGGUUGUUUUAUACUGGAGCAAAAUUGUAGCUUUUAAAAUUAUUUAAAAUACGGUGUCUUUUCCUGUUUAUCUUUUUUAAUGAUGAUAGUACUUGAAUAAAAUCAAACAAUUUGUAAUUUAAAAAGGGAUGUGGCAUAUAGGAAUUUUUUUUUGGCUGGGGUCAGGAGAGCCUCUUACUUGCCAUAUCUAAAUGUAUUAUACCAGUGGGAAGUGUUGUCAUCUCAGUUACACUCACUAUUGUAAGGCUUCCUACUUUUUCAAGAUGAUCAUCUCAAAUGUUUGUUUUGUUUUUAAUGCAUUUGGGGGUGGGUGGGGGGGGGUUUAAAGGAGGAAUGUCACAGAUCUAGUUCAGAUUUGCUGAUAGAUAUCUUUAAGAGCUAAAUUCAGUCCCAUUAAACAAAAUUCAGUCCCAUUAAACAAAACUAUACUUAAGCUAUUUUAUAGGAGGAAGCUAGUUGCCGGUCUUUUUCUCCUUGAGAAGCCAAUAUAGAUCAGAACAUGAACUCUACUGCAAAUGUCAUCAAGACAUGUAUAGAAUAAUUCCCCUAUGUGUAGUAAAUAGUGGAGAAUUAAUGUGACUUGCAAUUUGUGGUACCAGUAAAAAGGGUAUUACAAAGGGGUACCAGUAGCUCCACCCCGCUGGUUCAUUUCUAGUAAUUCUUUUAACUAAGCAGCACUGGGAGCAUGAAGAGAAAAGAGAAAAAUCUGAUAUAUGAGCUGUGUGUAAUUCCCCCCACCCUCAAGGAAUCUUUUAUUAUUCUGUCUUUAGUCUUAUUAAAUACAACCCAUUUUUAGCCCAGUUUUCACUGGUAAAUUGUGCCAAUAUGUGUUUCAGUUUUAUAGGCUGAGGCCUUAAGUUAUUUGCAAGUUAUCUAUGUUAUAUCAUGACUAAACUAUUUUUCAGAUGGCUUCAAUUUUAGCAAUACACUUUGGGGUGGUGAGAUGAAUACUCUUUCCCAAGUGCUAGACAUCAUACUGAUAGUGAAAAUGAAGCAUGGACACUCCUUAUCACCUAAAGUGAAGUGUAUGUAUGUAUGUAUUGGUUUAUUUCAGCCCAAGGCCAGCAUACCUAAAGUGAAGUGCAGGAUUUAAUCUUUCAGAAAUGGCUAUAGAACAGUUUGAAAAUUGUUCUGUCAAACCAGUCCUAUUGGCAGUUAAACACUCCCCACAGCAGCACUGGUAAAAUUACAGCUGGCAUAAUUUUAAUAAUCAAAUUAUUUUCAGAGCCAAGACCUAUUUUGUUAUAGGUUGGCAGACUUCAAACUCUUUACAGGAGUGGGGAAUCAGAUUAGUCUCUUCUCAUAGCAAGAAGUGUGUGCUAUAUUUUUAGAAAAGAAUGGAACUGCUUAAAAUAUUGUUAAAAGUAUUCACCAAAGUGUUGUUUAAUAUUGCUACAGCUGAUGUAUUUAUAACCUUGAUGGUGCUAUUUCAUUCACAAAUUACAGUCUUUGACUCAUU